GUGGCCAAUGGCAGGCAGUGUAUGGCACAUCAAAGGGAACACCAUCCAAUCGAUGCAUGUCCAAAAUGUUUCGGGACGUCAGUGGGAAUUUGGUUUACUGAAGACUUUAACGGGAUAAAUACAAUUUUAUUGGUAAAAAAAAUCGAUCUUCUGAUACAAUGAGCGGAACUACAACAGAAAAUUCCGGCAAAAACCUUCAAUACAGGGUUGAUCAUCUACUGAGUGCGGUGGAGAAUGAGCUCCAGGCUGGUAGUGAGAAAGGAGACCCCACGGAACGCGAGCUCAAAGUCAGCUUGGACGAAAGCGAACUGUGGCUUAAGUUUAAGGAGCUUACGAACGAGAUGAUAGUGACAAAAAACGGCAGGAGGAUGUUUCCUGUUCUGAAAGUCAAUGUAUCUGGCCUAGACCCAAAUGCCAUGUACUCUUUUCUUCUGGAUUUUGUGGCAGCUGAUAAUCAUAGAUGGAAGUAUGUAAAUGGAGAGUGGGUCCCAGGUGGAAAACCAGAGCCGCAGGCCCCCAGUUGUGUCUACAUCCACCCAGAUUCCCCUAACUUUGGGGCUCAUUGGAUGAAAGCUCAAGUUUCCUUUAGCAAAGUCAAACUGACUAACAAACUGAAUGGAGGUGGACAGAUUAUGCUGAAUUCCCUGCACAAAUAUGAACCUAGGAUUCAUAUAGUAAGAGUUGGAGGGCCACAGAGAAUGAUUACAAGUCAUUCUUUUCCAGAAACCCAGUUUAUUGCUGUAACGGCCUAUCAGAAUGAGGAGAUCACAGCUCUUAAAAUAAAAUAUAAUCCCUUUGCCAAAGCCUUCCUUGAUGCCAAAGAAAGGAGUGAUCAUAAAGACAUCCUUGAUGAAGUCAAUGAUGGACAGCAGUCCAGCUAUUCUAACUUAGGUGGCUGGUUCAUUCCUGGCACUGGUGCUCUGUGCCCUCCUACUAAUCCUCAUACUCAGUUUGGAUCUCCUCUCAGCCUCUCCUCCCCACAUGGCUGUGACCGAUAUACAACACUAAGGAAUCAUCGAUCGGCUCCUUAUCCAAGCCCCUACACACACCGAAACAACUCACCAACAGGUUAUUCAGAUAACUCCACCUGCCUGUCGAUGUUGCCAGGCCAUGAAAACUGGUCCAGCCUCCAGGUCCCUGCACACAGCAGCAUGUUGCCUAUCUCCCACAACACUGGUACUUCUACAAACUCCAGUCAAUAUCCAAGCUUGUGGUCUGUCAGCAAUAGCACCAUUACACCAGUCUCCCAGUCUGGAAAUAUGUCAAACAGCCUAGGUUCCCAGUUCUUGCGAGGCACCACCGCUCAUUAUCCAAGCCUCUCACACUCAACAACGGCUUCUUCUGGAUCACAGCUGUAUGACAGUGCCACCCCUACAGAUGUACAUGAAUCACAGUAUGACACAUCACCACACUCCCGCCUGGCAUCCACGUGGACGACCAUCACCCCUCCUUCUAUGUGAAACUAUGCACUUUGCACAGGGCAGCAACAUGCAACAUUCUGCACCACAGUCAACUGCUUUGGUUUAAAUUGCUCUCAGACAUUUUGGGUCAAAAUAUGAAAGGCAAAAAUUGGAGCAGCAAAACUGCAGUAGGUUGCUGUUUCUCCUUGUAUGUGCCAGUUAUUCAGUAUUCUAUAUAGUGCCUUUCACAGUGAAUGAACACAAUCACUGUAUGCUUUAUAAAAGCAUGAAGACUUUAGUGUAUAUAUUAGGGCAAAACUUUUGAAGGCUUGUGUACUGGCGAAGGUUCAAAGGAUCAACAGACCUUUUAAUUGUUUCUUCAUUUUUUGCAAAACGAUUUCAAUUCAACAUGACGUGUUCAUUCAGCAUCUGUAUGUUUUGUGCAUUAUUGUCAGUCAUUUGCCAUAUAUUUAACGCUAGAGUAUAUAUAGUAUGUAUGUUGCUUCCUUCUCUUAAGAAAGUUGGGGUCCACAUUAUUCAUCAGCAUUAAUUCAUAUGAUAAUAGCUGCUGUCAUUGCUUGUCGUUUUUUUGUAUUACUUUUUACUUUUACAUAUCCUGUUGCUGCUAAUCAUUUUGCCGCACUACCAGCUGACUGUACAGUCCCCACACCUUCAAAUGUCAAUAUUGUAAAUUAUAAUAUAA